UUUACAGUAAAUCUAAAAUUUGUCAUUUGUACUGAAAAAACAAAUGCAAAACAAACUUUCGUUUAUUUAUACACAUAUUUUUUAACUUUCUUUUGCUUCUUGAAACUUGAUUAGCUAGUUCAUAUUUUUCAGUGUUGUACUUUGCUAUUCAUUAAACGAUGUCAAAACAUGAAGGUUGUGGGGUCCUUAACUACAGUAAAUUCUGUUUAUGUCUUUAGGGGGUCCCUUCUCUCCCUCCAUCUUCUACUGUUGUAAACAAACACGGCGCUGCUAUUGUCAUCCAUUCUCAUUGUCAUGCCGUGGUGAUGACCUUUUUCUUCUCCCUUUUCAACAUCGAGCCCAAGCUGUCGCCUCGCCACUCCUUCUCUUGUCUGCACCAGCCCCGGGACCCCUCCCAAAUUUGCCGGCCCACCUGUUGAAGCAAUUGUCUCCUUAACAGUUGAUGUCAAUGGCCACAGGCACCGCCCUCUUUUAGCCUCUCUUUCUUCCUCCCAUGUAUAAAAAGAAGCAGAAAUUUCUCUCCAGCAUCACUUGGACUUUUCACGACCAGCAUGCAGAUGGAUAAUAGCGGCGUGUCGCUACGGUGCGAGGAGACGGAAGAUGACCACCGGGCAACAGGGGGUCAGCUGAGGGCCGCCUGGGACCCAUCGGUGUCGGGGAGGCGCGUCAUCCAGAGGCUGCUGGGCGUGGAAAAACGAUAUAUGCCCUCACCGCUGUACGUCAGCCUCAUACAGCGGGAACCCCAAAGACGUGAGGAGCUGGUCAAGUGGAUGCUGGAGGUGUGCUGCAAUUGCGGUUGCGACGAGGCCGUGUUCCCACUGUCGGUCUCUCUGAUGGACCGCUUCCUAUCGGUCACGUUAUCAGCGCCAACGUUGCCGCGCUGCCUGGCGGCCUCUUGCAUCCUUGUGGCUUCCAAGCUGAGCGAGUGUGACAGCAUCACCUCAGACGCCCUCUGCACCGCUGCCGAGUAUGAUUUCCUACCUGUCAACCUGCGGGAAAUGGAGCGCAUAGUCCUGGCUACCCUGCGCUGGGACACGGCGGGCGUGACACCUCAGGACUUCCUGCCGCACUUCCUAUCCUUGCUGGAUGAGUGGCACAGGGGCGAUGGCUCCACCCUGAGGAGGCACAGCGACACGUUGGUGGCUAUGUGUUCGUGCGACUGGCGUUUCCUAGGGGCAACGCCCUCCCUGAUAGCCGCCGCCUCACUCAACUGUGCCCUACGAGGCCUGGGUGACAGGCCGUAUGCAGUCUGCUCCAUGCUAGCUGAGCUGUGUCGGGCCGAACCGGUGGUGCUGGAGCACUAUAGCGAGAUGAUUGAACACGCCCUUCGGCAGCGCCUUGGCAGUGGCCCGGCAGCCAAAGGCGACGAGAUGGAAGACGAGAGAGCCGGCACACCCACCGAUAUGCGAGAGAUCGAUUUCUAAAGUUCUGCCAAAUUGCAAGUGCGGACCAAUCAGAUGUCAUCAUCAGUCAAACUGAUAUAAAUUAUGACCUCAACAUAGCAUAUUUCUUUGUAAUGAAAUGACCUAAUUGUGCUGUUUAUUUAUUUGUUCUGUUAUUUAUUGUCAGACAUUUUUUAAAACUUAAUGUGUUACUUGUGCCAUAUUUUUAUCGUAGGCUCAUUUUGUAUGUAUGUUCUUCUUUGCUUAU